AUGUCGACUUUGGGGACCAGUUAUUACAUUGACUCGCGCAUUCUUCCCGAGCAGGAAGAUAUGGCACCGAGGUAUUCCUCGUCAGCCGCAGGGGUGGAGCAGGCGGUGGUCACCGAAUAUGGCGGACAGGAGUCUUGCCCAUUGCAGGCGAAAUCUUCUAUUUUUGGUGGCUCUUGGAGUGCCAUCUCGGCCCACACUCCAAACACGGCCGCUCCGACAUAUAUACAUCAUCCUUACGCGAGUGGGGACAGCGAUGGCAUGUUUACGCGCUCUUGGGCGCUGGAUCCGGUCUCUGCGUCCCUGUGUUUGACGGGAUUACCAUCGACAGGCAUGCACUAUGAGAUAAAACCGGAACCCCUGAUUGGGACUGCGGAAUGCACGACUUUGGAGACGCACACGCAUCUUUUGUCUGACACUGAAAACGGUGCGUCUCUUGUGGAGAUUCCCUGCGAAACUGCGUCUAAAGCCGCUGUAGAGAAUCCGUCAGUAGAGGGGAAAAGGGAGGUGGAUCCAAAUAACCCGUCAUCCAACUGGCUUCACGCAAAGCCCACCAGAAAAAAACGUUGCCCGUAUACAAAGCAUCAAAUCCUCGAACUGGAAAAGGAGUUUCUGUUUAACAUGUACCUUCCCCGGGAUCGUAGAUACGAGAUUGCGAGACUGUUGAAUUUGACCGAGAGACAGGUAAAAAUCUGGUUUCAGAACCGCAGGAUGAAGAUGAAGAAAGAAAACAAAGACCGGCGAAGAGACAGUUAA